AGGAUUGCAUAGUGGUGCAUGGUCGGGUGAAAACUCUGGUACCAGCUUUAAUUAAUUUACCUCGUUAACCAUCGUGUGUCUCCGGAGUAUAAUUUGCAAUUCUAAGUGCAAACGAUGUUGACAUAUUUCCGUUGUGCGUUGCAUGUGUUAUGUCAGUGACCUUUCUCGUGAUCACCAGCAAUUUGCGGCCUGAUUUUUGAAGCCACGAGAACGAGUUUGAACUGGUCGUGUGAUAAGCCGAGUUCAUUUGCCUACAACGUCGGUGUGGUUAUAGUUGAUUAUGGCAACGGAAAAGACGCCACUGUUGGCAUCUUCCAAUCAUGAACUUUCAGGCUCGGAAAUUGGAUUUGAACCUUCAAACGAGAAAGAAGAGGAUAUUAAUUUGGUGCCAUUCAAAAGACUGUUUCGAUUUCACGACAACAUUGAUGUAUUGCUGAUGAUUUUGGGAACAAUUGGUUCUAUAUGCUAUGGAAUUCUUUCUCCAGGCCAAUUUCUUCUUAUGAAUACGGUCACCGACGACUUUGUUGAUUUUGUGCAGUGUGUAAGAAGCAAUUGUUCGGACCCGGUAGAUCUGGAGGACACCAUGACAGAUGUAGCUCUUUGGUAUAUCGGUUUUGCGUUUGCAAACCUUCUUUUUGCCUGGGUAGGGCUGGGCCUUUGGGGUCUGUCUGCUGAGAGGCAGGUUCACAAAAUGAGGCUAGUUAUGUUUAGAAAUAUCAUACACCAGGAGGUCGGUUGGUUUGACACUCAUCCAAGUGGCGAGCUGGGAACAAGACUUACAGAAGAUUUGAACAAACUUGCGGAUGGUAUUGGCUCAAAAUUUGGUCGACUGAUCUAUAGUCUUUCAGCGUUCUUUGCUGGAUAUGCGCUGGGAUUUUACUAUUUAUGGAAGAUGACGUUGGUCAUGCUGGCUGCGUUACCAAUCGUAGCGGUCAGUGGAGGAAUACUUGCAAAGAUAAUCGGAGGUUUCACGGCAAAAGAACUUGCUGCUUAUGCGAAAGCCGGAAAUGUUGCGGAACAAAGUUUUUCCUCGAUCAGAACUGUCGCUGCGUUCGGAGGAGAAGCUCAACAAACGAAAAAGUACGAUGUUCAUCUGAAUAGCUGUCGCAAGUUUGGUGUGCAGAAAGGCUUUGGAGUUGGCGCUGGAUUAUGUGUAUUCCAAGUUGUCACCCUCGCGAAUUAUGCCUUGUCUUUGUGGUAUGGCAUCAAGUUAAUCAGAGAAGGCGAUGCAGAUCCAGGCGAUGUUUCUAGUGUGUUUUUUAUGGUCAUGCUGGGCUCGGUAACGUUAGGUCAAGCAGCCCCUUGCAUGGAAGCUUUGGCAUCGGCUCGUGGGGUGGCGUAUGUUAUCUUUAACAUCAUUGAUAGGGAAUCCUCAAUUGAUGCUUCGUCAGCUUCUGGUUCAAGACCCGAUGUCAAAGGUGAUGUGGAAUUUCGAGACAUCGAUUUCCUUUAUCCAUCAAGACCGACGGUGCAGAUUUUAAAAGAUUUUAGUCUCAAAGUUCCUCGCGGCAAACGUGUCGCCCUUGUUGGUGAAAGCGGUUGUGGAAAGAGCACAGUCGUUAAACUUCUCUCAAGAUUUUAUGAUCCACAGCAAGGAUCGGUCCUCCUUGAUGGCACGAACAUAAAGGACAUAAAUGUCAGCCAUCUUCGAAGUCAUAUUGGUAUUGUGAGCCAGGAACCAGUUCUAUUUUCAACCACCAUUGCAGAGAACAUUGCAUUCGGUCGUGAAGGAGUCACACAAAACGAAAUUGAAGAAGCUGCCAAAGCCGCAAACGCUCACAACUUCAUUUCACAAUUUCCAAAGGGUUAUGACACGUUGUGUGGUGAACGUGGAACACAAAUGAGCGGAGGUCAAAAGCAAAGAAUAGCCAUAGCAAGAGCUUUGGUAAGAAAUCCCAAGAUCUUAUUGCUGGAUGAAGCCACGUCUGCCUUGGAUUCCGAGAGUGAAGCUGUUGUACAGGAAGCUCUGGAUAGAGCUGGGGAAGGUAGAACGACCAUUGUCAUAGCUCAUCGCUUAUCAACAAUCAAAAACGCGGACAUUAUAGUUGCUGUUAAAGAAGGUCACGUGGCCGAAACUGGGACUCAUGACGAGUUGAUGGCGAUACCCAAUGGAAUUUAUAAAACACUUGUGAGAUUACAGAAAGCCGUAGAUGAAAAUGUCCGUGAUGAAGGCGAAGAAGAUGAUGAAGACGCUGAAGUUGAACCUUUCCAACUCGAGGAAGGGGAUAGCGCGUUCAAACUUGGUUCAUUCACUACCAGUGGUAGCGUUUCUGGUUACACUAAAACUAUCAUGACGGAAGCCGAAGCUGAACCUGUGAAGCCAAUGUCGUUUUUCAAAAUUUUGACUUACAACUCGCCAGAGGUCUGGUACAUUGUCAUUGGUUGCAUUGGUAGUGCCCUGUAUGGAACUUGUCCUUUUGUCUACGGUGUUUCCAUGGGAGGAAUCUUUGAGACAUUUUCUUACGACCCAAAUAUUCCAAGCGAAGACGAGGAGAUGAAAGAUGAUUCAAGAAAAUGGGCCUUGGUUUUCUUUACAUUAGGAGUGUACAGUGGUUUAGGUAUAUUUUUCCAGAACUGGAUGUUUGCAAAGUCGGGCGAAAGUCUUACACAGCGAUUGCGAAAAUGGUCAUUUUUAGCUGUUCUUCGUCAGGAAAUUGCCUACUUUGACAAACCAAGGAACAGCACAGGAGCUUUGUGUAGCCGGUUAUCCACGGAAGUAUCUGCAGUUCAAGGGGCAACUGGUUCUCAGCUGGGUUUCGUUGCUUCCACGUUGGUAUCUGUUAUCGGAGGUCUGACUGUUGCAUUCUUGAACAGCUGGAAACUAAGUUUGGUGAUGACAUCAUUUGCUCCUCUUAUGGUCAUAUCCGGCUUGUUCUUCAUGACUCACAUGGGCUCCAGCACCCGGGGAAACUUAGAAGAAGACGCGGCCAAGGUGGCAGAAGAGACAUUGGCCAAUAUUCAAACAGUCGUAUCGCUGGGUCGAGAAGAUGAAUUCUUUGAACGCUAUCGUACAGCAAUGGCGGAACCUUACAGGAAGGCAAAAAAGAAUGUACAUUAUGCUGGCUUGGCAACUGGUUCUACAUUGUGUAUUAUAAAUCUGACCUUUUCAGCCACAUUUCGCUAUGGAGCUAAAUUAGUGGUCGAUGGUGAUGUCACUUUGAAAGAAAUGAUGACUACGGUGUUCACAUAUCUGUCUGUUGGGGUGAUUGUUGGUCAAACCAGUUCCAUGACACCUGAUUAUUCCAAAGCAAAAUUUGCUGCCCAGAAAGUUUUUUCAUUCAUUGGUUCGGUUCCCUCAAUUGACAAUCAGUCAGACGAAGGUUUGAAGCCUGAGAAAUGCAAAGGUGAAGUCCGGUUGAAUCACGUCGGUUUCAGGUAUCCAAGUCGACGCAGGGUCAAGGUGUUGCGUAAUCUUAAUAUCACCGUGAAGCCUGGUCAGACUGUGGCGUUGGUUGGUACUAGUGGAUCUGGAAAAAGCACCACUGUCUCGUUGGUCGAACGUUUCUAUGACGUUAGCGCAGGAGGUGUGACAAUCGAUGGAAAUGAUGUUAAAGAACUGAACAUCAAGUGGUUACGAAGGCAGAUUGGUAUUGUGUCCCAAGAACCAGUUUUAUUUGACAUGACAAUCAGAGAAAAUAUUGCUUACGGUGAUACCACGAGGGAAGUCAGUAUUAAAGAAAUCGAACAGGCUGCAAGAUCAUCAAAUAUUCAUCAGUUUAUUCAAAGCUUGCCAGAGGGUUAUAACACGAUCGUUGGCGAUAAAGGAACUCUGAUAUCAGGGGGACAGAAACAAAGAAUCGCCAUUGCCCGAGCUUUGAUUCGUGAUCCUAAAAUACUUCUGCUGGACGAAGCCACCUCGGCCUUGGACACUGAGAGUGAAAAGGUUGUGCAGCAGGCUCUGGAUAAUGCCAGCAUUGGGCGAACAACAUUGGUGAUCGCUCAUCGUUUGUCUACUAUUCAACAUGCAGACAGCAUCAUCGUAAUCAGACGUGGUCGGGCUGUGGAACGAGGAACUCACGAUCAACUUAUAGCUAUGAAAGGAAUUUAUUAUGCUUUACAUAAAGUACAAUCUAUGUCCCGGAAAUAGGUUCUUCAAGUAAAAGUGCGUCACGAGAAAUCGCUCCGUUCUUGAUGGGAAGCUUUUUUAUCGUAUAUAUGUAAUAAUUUUCACCUGUUUGCCCUCUCCAAUCUGCGUGAACACUUUUUAAAAUCGAGUCAGCUUUCCACCAUGUUUUGUAAACGCUAAUAUGACAUUAUUCAUCUCGUUCACGACUCCGUCCUCUUGAAGAGGCGGCCUGCAAUCAUAUCUAAAUUCUAGUAUUUUAAAAUUUAAAUACAUUGUUAUGCUAUUGCGCUGGUAAAAAAACCUGACAAGAUGGCAAGCGGAGAUUAUGUCUUUAUUCAGUU